AUGGAGAUAAUAUGCCGUAGAAGAGGAAUUGAUUAUUCUAAUCAAUCGCUGAAGUCUGGUUUGGCAGAUAGCCCAAGGCCUUUAUGGGGUUGGAGCGAUGAAGACACAGAGAUUGAGAGUCCAUUGUUCUCCUUUUUUAAAGCACUUGCGAUGAUGAAGAUGCCCUUGAUAAUCCCAAGACAAUUGACUAUUCUAAUAGUUGAAAAGAAACAAUGGUCUAAAGGAUAUGUUGUAGCCAGUGCAUUUUUUGCCCCCAUUCUCCUAGUCUUCCUGUGGAGUACCCGUGGCAAUGUGAGUUCUCAAAUUGGAACUGCUGUGUAUGUUAUUGGUGUUCUAUUCGGUGCUGGACUCAGUAUUCUUGAAUUUAUCUUCCUGAGAUCUGAUCAACCACCUUGCAAGUUCUUAUUUCCAUGGGUAUUUGAGGGUUUCAUGAUGAGUAUUGUUUGGUUCUACAUUAUUGCCAAUGAGCUUGUUGCUCUCUUGGUUGCAUUGGGGGUAAUUUUAGGAAUCAACCCAUCAAUCCUUGGAUUAACUGUAUUGGCAUGUGGCAACUCAAUGGUUGAUUUAAUGUCGAACAUUGCACUGGCAAUGAAUGGAGGGGAUGGUGUACAGAUAGCUUUGUCAGGAUGCUAUGCAGGACCCAUGUUCAAUACACCUUUUGGUUUGGGAAUCUCAAUGCUGCUUGGGGCCUGGUCAAAGAGGCCUGCUUCUUACAUGGUGCCAUGA